AUGUGGCUGCGUUCACAUCUCCUCGAGGAGGCUCUGACGGGAAAUAUCAACUGUCCUCACAAGCUGUACUACGCCAAGUGUCAGGUGACACGGCCCACACCCCGUCUGUCAGGGGCGGAAAUUCUUCAACAACUACAAGAUGAGGGCUUGGUCCCCGCCCGUCAGUCCAGCGGAGGAGUGGCCUUCUCUGUCCCCGCCGUGGAGGGGGUUGUUCCCCGUGGCAAAGCUCCCCGACGUCUGGAGCAAAUCCCAGUGCGAUGCUUCUACACAGCUGAGAGGAGGAGACAGAAGGCUGAUCUCUUUCGACUGAACAGGUUGGUGGAGCAAGUCCAGAGGAAACAACUGGACAGAGAAAUCAAGCACAAAGCUGUCAAGGACGAGAAGAAACGUCACCAGUUCCUGAAGAAAAUGAGGGCGGAACAUCAGCUCCAGAUGAGGGAGGAGAAACUGAAGAAGGUGGAGGAAGAGCGGGCGGCGAAGAGGAAGAAACCAGACUCAAGUAGACAUGGGGGAGCGAGUUGA